CUUCAUUGCACAAUGGUUGAGGGAAGUAUUAAAGCAGGCAGUUGUAGAUAUUUUGAUGCCCGUUACAAGUACAAACGCGGGCCGGCCGAAUGAUUCGCCGACGACCCCAAAAUUUCCAUAUUCAUCGCACGACCAAUAUCCACCAGCAUCGAAUUCGAUCUCGAGAAGACGGCCAAGUUGAAUCGCCGCAACUGCAACCCAAUCUCCGGCCCAAUUCACCACAUAAACGACUCUUCUGAAGCAUUUUCGAAUCGACCUCGCCUAAAAGAAAUCACCUCCUCAAAUCAAAGCCCCUCCACACAGAAUCCGCCAUCAUGGGCGGCAGGCAAAUCCGCCCCGCGGGCGUCUACAAGGCCGUCCGGGAAGAGCUCAAGCACCAGCUCAUGCCCGGCUACAACGUGCCCACGCCGCCGUGGUUCGCCGUCAUGAACUCGGUUCCUCCCUCAGAGGCGCUCGUGCGCACCGUCACGCCGCGCCACCGCAUGCCCAACCCAAAGGCCUCGAAGCCCAAGAAGCUGUUCCGCCCGCAGAGCAUUGCGUACCCGGAAGAUGCGCUGCGGACGAGCUUCUACAAGGAUCACCCGUGGGAGCUGGCGAGGCCGAGGGUUGUGCUGGAGUUGGAUGGUAAAGAUUAUCAGCAUUGUGAUUGGAGUAAAGGAUUGAGACAGAAGGGUGUCCCACUAUCAGGUGAAAGUGUUGUACAACGCCAGCUGUGGUUAAUGGAAAACGAAAAGAUGAGCAAGCGCAAGGCAUACGACACGGUCCGCCGAGAGUUCUACAGGCUGCGCCAGCAAGAGGAGGUCGAGAAGAGGAUAGCCAUCGAGGAGGCGCGCUACGCCGGCGCAUACUUUGGCAAGACGAGAUUGGAUAUCGGCAUGCAGCUCGAGGACCAGGAGUACGAGAACUGGAAGAUUUGGGCCGGCAAGGAGACGGCGAACCGGGAGGCCAGGGCAAGUUCCGACAUUGAGACGUUUGGACUCGAGGAGGAGGAGGGCGCGGCGGAGACGGCGGAGGCGCAGCCUGUGACGGCGGCGGCAUAGGUAUAGACGGGGAGGGGGGGCUGGCAUGGCUUGUAUUAUAUGACUUGUACGAAGACAAUCGGGGAGAAGGAUAUAAAAAAGAAGGUAAAAUUAUGUUAUUAUUUGGCAGGGCUGGGUUCCAUGUCAUCCAAGCGGCGGGAAUUAAAGACAAUUUCUCCUGCGUUCUGUACGCCAUAUCGAGUCGCCACUUCUUGGUGCUGUGUGACAAAGACGUCUGCUAUACCGGUGUGGAAUAGGAGCUUGCCCGUCAAGCUCAGUGUCGAUAUGCGUGCCCAGGACUCAAUGUAUAUGACCUUCAUGCAGCUCUCAGGAACAAGGUAAGCCAUCUUGAGUAAAUGCACCGCCAACGCAACAAAGAAGCCAGUAGCC